GAAGGGGGGCAGGCUGCCGCCGCGCCGCCGGCCCCGCGCCCAUGACGAUGCUGCUGGACGGAGGGCCGCAGUUCCCGGCGCUGGGGGUGGGCGGCUUCGCGGCGCCCCGCCACCACGAGAUGCCCGGCCGCGACGCCGCCGCCGCCGCCGGCAUGGGGCUGGGCCCCUUCGGGGACUCCUCGCACGCCGCCGCCGCCGCCUUCAAGCUGAACGCGGCCCCGCACGACCUCGCCGCCGGGCAGAGCUCGGCGUUCACGCCGCAGGCGCCCGGCUACGCCAGCGCGCUGGGCCACCACCACCACCACCACCACCACCACCACGCCGGCCAGGUGCCCUCCUACGGCGGGGCCGCCGCCUUCAACUCCCCCCGCGACUUUCUCUUCCGCAACCGCGGCUCCGGCAUCGCGGACGCCGCCUCCGGCACGGCGCAGCACGGGCUCUUCGGCGGCUCGCCCGGCGGCUUGCACGGCCCCGGAGGCAUCCCGGACACCCCGGGCUACCUGCUCUUCCCGGGGCUCCACGAGCAGAGCCCGAGCCACACGUCCCCCACCGGGCACGUGGACAACGGGCAGAUGCACCUGGGGCUGCGCGGGGACCUCUUCGGGCGGCCGGACCCGUACCGGGCCGUCUCCAGCCCCCGCACGGACCCUUACGGCGGCGCCCAGUUCCACAACUACAACCACAUGAACGUGAAUAUGGGCAUGAACGUGGCGGCCCACCACCACCACCACCACCACGGCCCCGGGGCUUUCUUUCGGUACAUGCGGCAGCCCAUCAAGCAAGAGCUGUCCUGCAAGUGGCUCGACGAGAGCCAGCUCAGCCGGCCCAAGAAGAGCUGCGACAGGACUUUCAGCACCAUGCACGAGCUGGUCACCCACGUCACCAUGGAGCACGUCGGGGGCCCCGAGCAGAACAACCACAUCUGCUACUGGGACGAGUGCCCGCGGGAGGGCAAGUCCUUCAAGGCGAAAUACAAACUGGUCAACCACAUUCGGGUGCACACGGGGGAGAAGCCCUUCCCCUGCCCCUUCCCGGGCUGCGGGAAGAUCUUUGCCCGCUCCGAGAACCUCAAGAUUCACAAGCGGACGCACACAGGUGAGAAGCCUUUCAAGUGCGAGUUUGAGGGCUGCGACAGGCGCUUCGCCAACAGCAGCGACAGGAAGAAACACAUGCACGUCCACACCUCGGACAAGCCCUACAUCUGCAAGGUGUGCGACAAAUCCUACACCCACCCCAGCUCACUUAGGAAACACAUGAAGGUGCACGAAUCCCAGGGGUCGGACUCUUCCCCUGCAGCCAGUUCGGGGUACGAGUCCUCCACCCCCCCGGCGGUGGGCUCAGCCGGAGGCAAGGACUCCACUAAAACGCCGCCGGCCGCCCUUCAGAGUAACCCCGGCCACAACCCUGGACUACCCCCCAAUUUUAACGAGUGGUAUGUGUGAAGGCAGCAGCUGCCCAGCCAGAGACUGGACCAAAUGCGUUGGGAACAAGGAAAAAAGGACAUGCCAAGCCAACUGCAGCUCGCUCCCGUGGAAAUGGAGUUUCCACACCGAUGACCGCAUAGGGCUACACCUAGUUAACUGCCAGGAUCCGGAGGGGGGUCUUUUAUUAUUAUAUUAUAAUUAUUACUAUUUUUUACAAGCCGAGACGCUGGACUAGCCAUGUCCUUAUCUCAGGAUUGGAUUUCUUUUUUUAUAGUUGUCAUUUUUUGCAAUCGCAAAAAAAAAAUCGUUUCUUUGUUGUUUUUGUUUUGUUUUGUUUUGUUUUGUUUUCGUUUUUUUGUUUGUUUGUUUUGUUUGGGCUUUUUUUUCCUUCCCUGUCCCAGUACCUCUUCCUCCGAUUCCUCACUUUUUAUUUUUAAUUUGUUUUGUUUUUCCUUCUUUCGGUGGGAUGUUGACAUGAGGAUGAAAAUUCUCCUUCGCCUUAGUGGUGAUUGUUUAAACUUACAGUCUUAAACCGUGCCAAAGUCCUGUUAUGUCUUGAACUUUCCUCUCUAGCUCUCCUGCUUCUUCUUUCUCUGCUCUCCUUCUCUUUCUCCUUCUCUCUCUCCAAGCAUUACACUUGUGAAUGUAUUCUCGUCUGAUGGGGUCGGUCAGUAUUUUUCAGGAUGAGGAUGUGGUGUUUAUUCUACCCAGAUUGUGACGUUUAGUAUAACAGUUGCCUUUUUGUAAUAACUUUUUUUUGUAAAUACAUAUCCAUGAUGCCAUAUUUAUCGUUCGUAAUUUAAUUAUUGAUACAAAGUGCCGGGAACUGAACAAUAUUUAUGGGGAAGAAAAAAUUGUUUUCUAACAAAAAAAAAAAAUACAAACGAAAAAAAAAAUCAACUCUGUACAGCUUUUGGUUAUAACUGCUUUAGCAUUAAAAGUUUAUUGUUUUGGAAAGA